AUGGCAAAGAGAGCUCUAGAUGGAUUAAUGGUGUGGUUUGACAUUGAUGAUUACAACAAGACUAGUGAACCAUCUCCACUCAUCCCAUCAAAAGAGUUGAUUGACGUAAUCAAACAAUCAGACAUUGAAAAUGAAGCAGAGCAUCAAAAACAACACAAUUAUCGUAGUUAUCGUGGAGAAAGGGAGAUCUAUUUACCAGUCGAAAUGUUUAAAGGAUGGGAGCCCAUCAUGUCAUACUCUAUGAACCACUAUCACCAACUGGAACAGCUCGCCAUCACUACAACAAGGUUCACAAGCCGCAUGUCACCUGCAAUUAGCGCGUUGGCACUCUCUCAAAAACCUAUCAGCCGAUUCUUUUUUAGAGCUUACAAUCGUUCUGACAAUAUCUUGUAUAUUGAUCAAUUUGUUGGAAAUGAUGUCAUAAUUGAACAAGUAUCUACUAGUGGAGGAACUGGAGGUCGUCCUGUUGAAACAAUAACAACAAACCUACCAAAGGAUUACAAACAUACAAGAAUUGAAUUUAACCUUGAUACGAAUCAAGUUGAAGAAUCAUCAGAGCUACAACAUUCAUUUCAAAGUAAAUCAAAUUCUUAUCGAAUGAUUCAAGGCCCUGAAUCAUUGCCACCAUUCACAAGAAGUUAUUCUACCUCUAAUAACCGUCUUUUAUCAUCUCUAUGCUUUUCACCAAAAGAAAGAUUUGCUUCAUCAUCUUGGAUCAACGGCAAACAACUUGAAACCACUACAACUACCUUUAAUCAACCACCACAAUUCAAAUAUCGUUAUAGUAAUAUGAUGAUGACCUCUUCUUCAUCCAUCAUUCCAUCUCUAUCAACUUUAUUUAGAGUAUCUAAAAAGGUUAUUUAA